AUGUGUAUCAGGUUCCUGAAUCACCUGUUGGCUCAAGAGAGCCAGUGCUCCACCCCCGUGGGGCGCUUCCUGCUUCCUGUGCUCCUGGGAUUCCGCCUUGCUCUGCUAGCUGCCAGUGGACCUGGGGUCUACAGUGAUGAUCAGAGUGAAUUUGUGUGUCACACCCAGCAGCCAGGCUGCAAAGCUGCCUGCUAUGAUGCUUCCCACCCCCUUUCUCCACUGCGAUUCUGGGCCUUCCAAGUCAUCCUCAUGGCUGUACCCAGUGUCCUCUAUGUGGGGUUCACUGUGUGUCAUGUGAUUGAACACUGGGAAGAACCAGGAAAGGUGAAGGAGGAAGAGACCUUGAUCCAUAAAAGGGAUGGCUGUAGAGACGACUCAGGGGCUGGAAGCCGCAAGAUCCUCUGGGCCUAUGUGGUGCAAUUAGGGGCUCGAGUGGUCCUUGAAGGGGCAGCCUUGGGGGGGCAGUACCAUCUCUAUGGGUUCAAGGUGCCCAGUUCCUUUUCCUGUCGUCGAGAACCUUGCCUUGGCAGCAUAACCUGUAAUCUGUCCCGUCCCUCAGAGAAGACCAUCUUUCUAAAGACCAUGUUUGGGGUUAGUGGGCUGUGUCUUUUGUUUACUCUUUUGGAGCUUGUGCUUCUGGGUUUGGUGAAAUUGUGGAAGAUCCAGAAGCACCGACUUUCCUCUUUUAAUUGCUUUUCAACUUCAGAGAGCUCCACAAAAAGGAAGGAACCCACCAAUAACUUGGCAGUGGUGGAAACAAAAGAGUAGUUUUGAGAAGCAGGUGAGAAGAACCCUAACCACCCUUUCCCUUCCUGCCCUAAUGUCUCUGUCCAGUA